GUGUGUGCGCGACUGCUACUGGAAGGGCUGCAGUGGGCGACAACGAAGGGCACACCAAUUUCCGGCAAGGGGGGCGCGUAUGUCGUCGGCCCGCAGGCGCCUGGUCUGGGCAACAGGGUUGACCAUCGUCGUUCUCUCCUGGUCGCGACACAACUUCAAGGGGGGCAAACGCAUCGGCGGGACGAGCAUGAGGUCUCCCAGAGACGAUGACAGUAACUAUUACGACGGAAGCACCCAACGUACCCAGCUCCGAGGAGUUCCCGUGAGCGAUUGCGCAUCUUUUGGUCGAGAUCGCGGCCAGUGGGAUGAAGGUGAUGAGCAGCAGCACCGCCAUCGGAGUGACACGGGUGGUGGAUUGGUGUUGAUCAAAUCCUUCAAGACAGGAAGCACCACACUGGCGACCUACAUCGCGCAGGUUGGCCACCAGAGACGCUCCUACUUCUUGCACCCCAAGGCCACCGGCUGGUUCGGGCGGGGCGAGCUCGAAUCCCGGCGCGACGAGGGUCAGUCGUUCGACAUAAGCCUUCGACACGUGACGCCGUACACCCCGUACGACGUGCUGGAGGAGCUGGUGCCCGGGGCGGCCUUCGUGACGAUAAUGCGCCGCCCCGCCGAGCGCUUUCUGUCGCUCUUCAACUUCCGAGGGGAUAUCAAGAAGAAAUACAAGACCCCGCAAGCGCUGGUGACCGAGAUUCGGGCCGGAAAAGUGCCUCAAGGUGAUGCCCGACCGUUUUGCAACCAGCUCGCGUGGCUCAUGUCCGGACGGGACGUGGACUUCACCAAGAUCGCAGAUGCGGAGAAAGCUCGAAGGGUGGCCAGCGAGGUCAUCGAAGAGGCUGAGAGACGCGGCGUGGUCGUGCUCAUCACGGAAAGGAUGUCAGAAUCCGUCGCAGUCCUGGCGCAUCUCAUGCAAUGGGACAUGGACACGAUCGAGCUCAACGUUGGAUCCCAAAGAGUGCAGGACGCAGGGCGUGGCUACUUUUCCUGCCCCGCCGCUGACACCAACAACAAGUGCGUCAGCGCCAUCAGAGGGUGUAACCUGGUCGACGAGGUGCUGUACGAGCACUACGAGCGACAUUUCGAAAUCCUAGUGCGCGCAUUGCCUUCCCGAACGUCAGAGCGGGUAGCCGCGAUGCUGGGCGGUCAUCCCAAGGCCAAGCACGCGAUGUCAAUGUUGGAUCGCGGGAAGUUUCCGGUCAACUGCAUCAGCGGCAGCCCCGGAGCGGAAAGACGCACAGAACGGGGCAACGGUGGCGGGGGCGGUGACGGAUCGGCAUCACCGGAAUCCAGCGAAGAGCUCUACCGCUGUCUUCACUCGUGCAACGGCCGUCCUCGAUGACACCGAUGUGGUUCGCAGCGGCUCGGCCCGUACAGGAGGUCUGUUGCUCGCAAAGCCUUUCGGCGUGCAAUUCUGUACAGAACGUGUGCAUUGUAUCUCGUGUCUUGUUCAGUUUAGACUAGACUGGCGCCGACUUCCUUGACAACAGAGAUGCCAAUGCCGAUGGACACCGCACCACGCGCUCCGGUGAUGGGGAGCAAUGUGGCCGGGCGUGAUUCGGCGGGCCUGGGGCAGGCAGCGUUCGUGUGUUCAUAUGUGUCUACAGUUUGUGACGUCUCAGGUGAUGGUUUGCUCCCCGUAUCAUGUCGUUCUGCACAUUGCUCCGCGUCCUUGGUCAAUUGAACUGUUUCUGUGUUCGACCGACGAAUUAUCUCAGGUCGCAGCUUGGUCAAAUUUGUUUGGAUCUGUUGCCAUGUUUUGCGGGGCGUUGACGUUGUUUCCGUUGCAUUUGUUGUUUGCUUCGUCUUGCCUUGUUGUUGUUGUUGUUGUUGGUGGUGGUGGUGGUGGAAUGAUGUUGUUGGUAGUGGUGGUGGCGGUACUGUUGGCAGUGGUGGCGUCCUCGUUGCGUGGUGACGCUGCUCUAGACAACCUACACUAUGUCGUCUCGGUAGAUGUUCUGUUCCUUGUCAAUGACCAAGAGAUCGAAUUCCUACCAUGGCACACCUACACGAGGUGGUACUGAUGUGAUGUCCUUGUGACGUAUUCCGUUCGUUUCGAUUCAUAUA